AUUUGUAAUUUGAAAUAACUACUUGGCGUGCCCGGGUCGCAUUUGUAAUAUUCUUCUUUUUUUUCUCUUUUUAUCUCUAUAAGCCGUUAUUAUGCUUAUAAAUUAUCUCUUCUUAUUGGAGUAGAUUUGGAUCGGGAGCUUGAAUGGAGAACAGUCAGAAUACUCGUGAUUUAGCGACACCAACAAUAUCUUAUAUUUAAUACCGAACUUGAUACAGACAAAGGAUGAUUCGCUCGUUAUGGAUUCUCGCACUACCUAUUCAUUUGAUUAUCGAUCUCAGACUGCUCGCUCCGACUUCCACGACUAGCUCGUCCCAAGCGCUCGCUGACAACGCGCCCUCGCGUAAAGUAUUUCGGCUACUUGGACAAAGGUAUCCAGCAAGUGCUGCCUAUUGUCGUGUACGUGUGUCAACAUGACGUACUUACAAUCGUAUUUCUUACACAUUGGACAUGUUUUCUUUUAAAUUUGUACUGCCUUGAGUAUUUUCACUAAUGACUUUUAAAUCUUUGUAUUUGGUAAUUUUUAAACAAAUACAUUUACAGUUUUGCACAUUAGCAAAGUGAUUAUAAAUAUCCCUUUUCAUUACUCACUCAAUACAAAUAAUUUACAGAUAGAGUUUACACAAAUUAUACGUAUAGGUUAGAGCUCUCGAUUGUUUACGUGUUUUAAUAUUCACGUGUACACGUAACUCGUGUACAUGGAUUUAGAAAUCUUCAUUCACGUGUACACGUGUACCCGUGUAUAUACGAGGACACGUGUAUACGUGUACACGUGUCCUCGUAUACGUGAAUCGUGUAUGUGAAGUGACACAUCGGUUGCCAGGUUCACAUCGGUGAGUUUUCAGUCAGACGUAAAUAACCUGUGUUACAUUCACAAUAAAUAUGAAACAUCGCAAAAGUUGGGUUUGGCAAUACACGAUUCACGUAUACGAGGACACGUGUACACGUAUACACGUGUCCUCGUAUAUACACACCCGUGGGUACACGUGUAUAGAUUAAAACACGGGUUAAAACAAAGAAAAGUUAAAUACACGAAUUAUACGUGUAGUUCGGUACACGUGUAUUAGGGAGCUUUAGUAUAGGUAAGACGUACGUUUUAAUGCGACCCGCGCACGCCAAGCAGAACCAGGAAAUGGGAAGGCAAUUUCACUCUAAACAGAGCGAAGUUUGGAGAGCUUAUGUCUUCACUUUAAAAAUAAGAGUGACACUCUUCACUUUUUAUCUUAAAAUGAAUGAAGUCACUCUAUUGGAGUGAAUAUUUACUCCAUAGGAGUGAACUGGUCAGUAACUCCAUGAUUAGAGUGAAAAUCGGCCGGAUUUUCACUCCUAAAACUUUAGAGGGUACGAGCGCAACGUUCAACGACGGCACCGAUUCGUCUGUUGGACGUUAGAAAUCCUGUUUCUCGCGCGCGAUGCAACAAUCGCAAAAUUACGUUGUAAUUGAUCUUUUUACAUUCUGUACGAAUCGUUCUGUAUAAUGAUGUACUCAAGCGCAGUACAAUACUUGUUCUUCUAAAUAAAUUAAUAAAUUAAUGAAAAAUACUGUUAAUAUUUUCUUAUCAAUUUUUUUCUUUAACGACAUUUUAUGCAGAAAACCAUGCAGAAAACUUCAUACCGAUCGUAUUGAUUUUCUCUCAUCACAGAAGAAACGUCAUUCGUUGCACGCUUCGCACGAAUGCUUUGAAAGUUCGACGCGCAUUGCAUUUCCGUAUAAUAAUUUAAAAACUAUUGUCAUCCUGAUAUUCGUCGGUUUUGUGAACAAUGUACAAAGAAAUAAAGUGAAUAAUAAUUUCGAGUUAACACUAGGACACAUUAACAUGUUUCUAUCGAGUUGAAUGAAGUGAUGUGGAAGCGUCCUUUUGAUAUGCGAUGUCCCUGAGCGCGCGAAAUUUUGACAAGCUUAUUGGUAAACUUUAACCCUUUGAGGCAUAGUGGUACGUAUACGUACCACCUAUUUAUUCUCACAUUUUCAUGAAAUAUUUCAUAUUUGAGGAAGUCUUGUCGGGUUUUUUGCGUUUUUUAGCUUCUUAUAUGAUACGGGAAGAUACAUGAAAGGUUGAAAAGUGUUUUGCAUAAGUUGUCCAUUUAUUAUAAAUAAACAAAGUGUGAAAAAUACACAUUUUUACAGAAAAUUCAUUUUCCACAGACUAUGAGUGAAUGUUUUGCUCAAAAUCAAGAUUUGGGGGUUUUUUGGGUCGCUGAUUACGAAUCUGAGGUCCAAAUUCCAAAAUACAGUUUCCAAGAUGGCGGAUCAUAAAAUUUUUAUAUGAUUAGCUGAAAUUGUACUUUAGUUAGCUUUCAAGGUCGCUGAUUAUGAAUCCGAGGUCCAAAACUCAUUAUCCAAGAUUGCAGAUUCAAGUUAGCGGAUCAUGGAAUUCUAAUAUAUUUACCUGGCAUUGUCUUCCGGUUAGUAUUUCAGGUUUUCGACUACAAAUCUGAGGUGAAAAAUGACGACUUUGAACUGGAAAUUGUGAAUGUCGAUUUUCAAAAUCACGAAUUAUAGAAUCCCUAUAUGAUCGGCUGAUAUCUAAUCGGUUGUUCUCUAUCGUUUUGUUUACUGAUCGUGAAUCCAAGGUCGAAAUCCAAAGAUAAACUCCCAAACUUGUGGAUCGAAUUAUUAUAAUGAAAUGAGCUAAGAUCCUGCAUUGAUUGAUUUCCCGCAUGAUUGAUCACGAUUUUUACGUCAACAUUUCAGUCAAUUUUUGGAGUGAUCGAUUGGGAUGAAGUGAUAAUGAUUUACGCAGUGUUUAGUUUCCAAUAUCGCUCAAUUCGAAGUCUCGUAGAACAUUAAAAGUUUGUUUUUGAAAACGACUGAUUAGGAAUGAUAUACCGGAUGUGUCUCAUAUAAUAAGUAAAAAUCGCGCUCUUAUUAGUUUUCGAGGACAUCGACUACGGAUAUCACUAUCAGUUUAUAUUCUUUAUUUCUUGAUUACAUCUUAUUUCAAUAUCACUUUUGUCAUCAUUGAUAUUGCUUACAUCUUGUUCGUCUAAAUAUUCUACACCUGUCACUCCUCUGAUUUUAUUAUAUUGUUUCCAUUGUCUGUGAGGUUCCCUUCAGUACAUAAAAAUGAGAAAGAAAAGAGCAGAACCACUUGAUAUCCCAAGUGAUUCGGAAUCUGUAGAUGGUCUCUGUGAUUCUGAUGAUGAGGGAGAUGCUAGUGCAAAUGAGAGACCACUCGUAAACUCACUUAUCAAUAAUGAUUAAAUCCAUGAAGAAGCGCUAGAGGAGGAUACUCCCACAUUGUCUAUAGAAAAAGAUAAUGUUUGGCAGUCAGUGAGUUUGCCUAGAUAAGAUGCUCCAUUUACAAAAGAAUUUGGACCCAAUAUUCCUGAAAAUGCCGAAUCACCAAUGGAUAUAUUCUCUUGCUUAUUUCCCCCUCACCUUGUGGAUCAUAUUGUAGAACAAACGAAUCUGUACGCGGAACAGAAACAGAGUCGAUAAGAUCCUGUUACAAGAGAAGAGGUUCUGAUCUUCUUAGGCAUCAAUAUUCUGAUGGGUGUGAAAAAGUUACCGUACUAUCGCGAUUACUGGUGUAAUAAUCCACAACUACACGACUCUUUCAUCGCUCCUUUGAUGCCAGUAAAUAGAUUCGGGUUUCUACUUAGUCACCUGCAUCUAAGUGAUCAAUCAGCUGAACCAAAAAAAGGGGAUCAGAACUAUGAUAAGUUAUAUAAAUUGAGGCCCCUUUUAGAUGAGCUCUCACGAACGUUCAAAAGUUGUUGGAGGCCAGGAAAAUACCAGUCAAUUGACGAAACAAUGAUCAAAUUCAAAGGGCGAAGCAGCAUGAAACAGUACAUGCCUGCUAAACCCGUGAAAAGAGGGUAUAAAUCCUGGACUCGACCCGACGAAUCUGGAUACGUGUGUGAGUUCCAGCUUUAUACUGGCAAGACUGAUUCUGGUAAGAAACAGUUGGGUUCAAGAGUGGUGAAAGAUCUAACACGUGAGCUAGUUGGGGGAAAUCAUCAUGUAUAUUUUGAUAAUGUUUUCACCAGUGUUGAGCUAUUAUCUUUGAAAAAAGAUCAAAUUUUUGCGUGUGAUACAGUUCGCUCGAAUCGAUCUGGACUACCUAAGUGUUAUAAUGUGAUACAUAUUUUAUAAUUCCCGCGAUUUGAGAUUGAAGAAGUUUAUGGUUUGCACAGCAACGCGGGCCGGCUUUUGUUUUAUGGCGCGAAUUGGACCGUGAGUUCUCGAGCGUGUGUUCAAGCUACAACCAAAUUCACACGCAUAUAUCUAAUCGUUAUACAGUCAAAAGUAAUAAAGCAGUUUAUUUGUAAGUGCCAUAUGUUCAGUGUUUCACUACAGUAACCCACGAUACAACACUAAGAGUCAGGAACCAGAUAAGAGCAUGAAGGUAGGAGAUUUUGAGUCUCAGACUUCGAGCACAGAUCUUCGAUGGAUCAAAUGGAUGGAUAAGAGAGUUUUCCAUUUUCUAUCAAACUACCAUGAUCCUUCUGAACAAACAACCGUGGAGCGCAGACAAAAGGAUGGAUCUCUGUUAUCUGUUGAAAGCCCUGUUAUGUGCGCAGAUUAUAACAGUCAUAUGGGAUAUGUAGAUCAAGCUGAUCGUACACUAUCCACCUAUAAGAUUGAUCGAAGAUCCAGGAAGUGGUGGUUCAGAAUAUUUUGGCACUUUCUAGAUGUUGUUGUGAAUUCAUUAAUUUUAUUUAAAACAAAAGGUCUCAAACCAUCUCUAAGCCUAAAGCAGUUCCGUCUAGCAUUGGUGAAUGAGUUGAUUGGCGAAAAUUUACCCGCGAAAAAGGUAGGAAACGUAGAAGUGUGGACACAAACACUCAUAAGCCGCAAGUAUCCUUGGAAAAGAGGCGAAGUCAAUCUUCCCACAUGCCCGUCCAUACUAAUGACCGAAGGCGAUGUGCUCAGUGUAGUACGAAGGAAAAACAGUGCAGGUCUAACUGGAUUUGCAAGGAAUGCAAUGUUCUCCUAUGCCUAACAUUGAAACAGAACUGCUUUCUUUCAUAUCAUAAAUGAACAAACUUGUAUGAAAGAUUCAAUCAUAUGAUGAAAUUUGAAAAAAAGAAGAGAAAAAAUAUUGAAAGCAGAAAAAAACAAUGAAAAUACCCGAAAAAUACAAAAA